GGCCGCCGGGGCGCUGGCCGCCACGCCGAGCCUAUUUUUAGGCCUUUGGGGCCGGGUUGCGGAAAGCUAGAGCUGGGCGAGCGCCCCAGGGGAGCGGGCCGCAGGCGGUGGGCGUGCGCCGGCUCACUUGUUGCGGGGGUUGACUCUGCCCGGAGAAGGGGAAGCUCGGAGAUCAUUGGUCGGUCCUUCCGAUGUUGCUGAAGCUAAUAGCGCUGUUACGAGAGCAGCUGAAGUGCGAUCAGGCCUUUGUGACACUGACCACAAACGAUGCCUACGCCAAAGGAGCCUUAGUCCUGGGCUCAUCUCUGAAGCAGCACAGGACCACCAGGAAGCUGGCCGUGCUUGCCACUCCUCAGGUCUCCGACUCCAUGAGAAAAGUUUUAGAGACAGUCUUCGAUGAAGUCAUCACCGUAGACGUCUUGGACAGUGGUGAUUCUGCACAUCUAACCUUGAUGAAGAGGCCUGAGUUGGGUGUCACGUUAACGAAACUCCAUUGCUGGUCACUUACGCAGUAUUCAAAAUGUGUGUUCAUGGAUGCAGAUACUCUGGUCCUAGCAAAUAUCGAUGAUCUUUUUGAGCGAGAAGAAUUGUCGGCGGCACCAGACCCAGGGUGGCCUGACUGCUUCAACUCUGGAGUCUUUGUUUAUCAGCCUUCAGUUGAAACAUACAAUCAGCUGUUGCACCUUGCUUCUGAGCAAGGCAGUUUUGAUGGUGGGGACCAGGGUUUACUGAACACAUUUUUUAACAGCUGGGCAACAACAGAUAUCAGAAAACACCUGCCAUUUAUUUAUAACCUAAGCAGCGUUUCUAUAUACUCCUACCUCCCAGCAUUUAAAGCAUUUGGUGCAAAUGCCAAAGUUGUUCAUUUCCUGGGACGAAUCAAACCAUGGAAUUAUACUUACGAUCCUAGCACAAAGAGUGUCAAAAGUGAGUCCCAUGAUCCUACCAUGACUCAUCCAGAGUUUCUGAACCUGUGGUGGGACAUCUUCACCAACAGCGUUUUACCUCUGCUUCAACAAUUUGGCCUUGUCAAAGACACCCACUCAUACCUAAAUGUGGAAGGCGUCUCAGGAGCUGUAUCACAUCUGUCCCUUGGGGAGAUCCCGGCUGCGGCCCAGCCUUUUGUGUCCUCAGAAGAACGGAAGGAGCGGUGGGAGCAGGGCCAGGCUGAUUACAUGGGAGCAGAUUCCUUUGACAACAUCAAGAGGAAACUGGACACUUACCUCCAGUAGAAACACUGCCUUUUUCCCAUGGACACACCCACUUCACAGGCACUUCUUUCUGACACUUAGUAUCUCGAGCUGGGUUAGGAAAGGUCUCUUACGGUUGCUAGAAGCUUUGCUAGAAUUCAUCAGAUGAGGGGAUUUUGCAAGACAACAGGUGAGAACUGGGCAAAAGUUGUGAAGUAGCAGUUCUGUUAUGUGGACAGCGUUCUGCUUGUUAACCCUAGGCUUAUUCAUUACUCAGCUCUUGUCGGAAAUUCUUAAUUUUGCCAACGGCCAGCAUAUGUGGUAAGGGAGAGUCAAGCUAAUUAAAAUGGCUGUUAUGGACUCUAAAAAUGUGCCGGUAUGGCUCUAGAUCAGUCUCUCUUCAGAAUGGGACAGGGUCUCUCUCUCCCGCUUGCACGUCGUAGCUUUCACUAGACCUGCAUUUUAUUUAGAAGGGCCCAGAGACUGCCAGAGUGAUUGUGAUUUUGCUUUCAGGUGAAGAUAUCCUGUAACACUGCUGAGUGAUUCAUAAACCUAUCAGCAAGCGGCGUUAACCCAUUUUAUUUCCUAACUGUAGUGUCUGAAAUUGUUCACCAGUUUUCUGUAUACUGUAAGGCAGCAUGCUAAAAUGCUUUUUUCAGUUCUGUGUAUCUAUAAAGAGCAGUGUGUUCUCUGAUGGUUACCUGCGGUGGCACCUUGUAUGAAAAUAAAGGCUUCUUGCCAUAUUUUGGUUGUCUAAUUAAGGGAAUCCCACUCCCCUUGGAAAAAAAAUGUAUUAGGUAGUUUUUCAUAAUCUGUAGAAUUUGUCAAUGUUUUAAAAAACCAGCAUAAAACUUGACACUUGGAAUUGGUUUCUAGAUAUCUAGAAAUAGUUCAGUCUAGUGUUCUCCAGUGACGAUGAUUUAUCUGUUCUGUCACACUGUCUCUCCAUAUCAAGUGAGUGUUCAGAUUGUAGAAAAUACUGCAAUGCUAAAAUCAUCACAGGUUCAUUGUCAAUCUCUGGACAUACUUGAUAAUCGUUCAGGACUUCUAGAAUCAGUACUAGAACUAGUAUUUCUAUCCAUGAAUUAAAAUGAUAUACGUGUAAAGGAUAUUUAUUAAAUGUAUAGAGGAUUCUAGGUUGCAAGGAUGGCAAGCCAGGGAAGGGCAGGAUCCAAAAUGACCUUUUUAAAGCGAUGUGAGUAAUUAACUCUGUUGGAGGAAAACCAACCAACCAACCAACCAUCCAGCCAACCAGGAGAGUAGACCAGGACCAGAAACUCGAGAGGUUUAAUUGGGCAGAAGCUGCAGUGGCUUUUGUGACCUAACUAACCUGCAAGGUCACCCUUUUAUUUCCACAACAUCCUACUGGUUACAUGAGUCAGCCCUAUUCAAUUUGGGUGCGAAUGAAAACACAGGGAUACAGAAUCCUGGAGGCAAGAAUGGUUAAGGGCUACCUUGGAGGCUGACUACGGAAGAGCUCAAGAAGUACCUGAGGAUUUACC